AUGGAAAGCAAGCCAGUGAUUGUUGCUAAAGCCACCAGUGAUUAUUCCCAAGGAAAAAUGGAAUGCAACCAAGUGACUACUGCUAAAUCCACCAGUGCUGAUUCCUCAUCGCCUUCGCCGGUUGAGAUUGUCGAUGGAAAUUCCUCCCCGCAGAAAAUAGAAAACACACAUGUGACUACUGCUGAAGCCACCAAUGGUGAUUCCUUAUCCCCGGUUGAAAUGGCGCGCCGAUUCCGAAGCACACCUAGGAAGCAAGGAGAAGAGGAAGAGAUUCCUGAAGAGAUGGCAGUCUGUGAAUUCUGUUGCAGAGUAUUAGAAGAAAAUGUGAGCAAGGCAAAAUGUCAUUGUGGAACGGCACUUGUUCAUGACGAAUGCACAUCUAACCGACUUAGAGUGGAAGGAAAUAACAAGUGUAAAGCCUGCGGCCAAGAUUUCGAAAACUUACCAGUAACUUUGCUUCGACGCCCCUUUGAUGGUGGGAAUAAGGGGCAAGUGGGCAAGAAACAAAGUCUGUUAUCACGAUUGAAAAGGUAUUGCAAUCUGCAAGUCACCCUCACACAAUAA